UGCUUCAUUUAUAUUCGAUUACUUGUUCCCUGUUUUUUCACUUGCUUUCUUUCCUCUUGCCCCACCCACUAAUCCACCUUCUCAUCUACUUGUGCGUAAUCGAAUUGGGGCAUCGCACAAUCUUAGCUUCUGCGUAUUAUACUUAUUGCUGGACAUGGUUAUCCCUCCUCCAGUAAGGCCUCCAAGGAUCACACAAUUUCUAAAACCCUAUGUUCUGAGGAUGCAUUUUACCAAUAAGUAUGUGAGUGCCCAGGUGAUCCACACGCCAACUGCUACCGUGGCCUCUUCUGCUAGCUCACAGGAGAAAGCAUUGAGAUCAAGCUUGGAAAUUAAGCGUGACGUGGCCGCGGCUGCAAAGAUCGGGAAGUUACUAGCCGAACGCCUCUUGCUUAAGGACAUUGCUGCUGUUUCUGUUCAUUUGAAGAGAGAACAGAAGUAUCAUGGGAAGGUUAAGGCAGUUAUUGAUUCUCUCAGGGAUGCUGGCGUUAAGCUUCUUUGAGUUUAAGGUGGUUGUGUGUGUUUUAGUUGUACCCGAGUGAAUGGCAUCAUCCUUGUUGGAACUUGUCUUUAAGGAGAAAAGAAAGAUGGUUGGAAAUUUCUGGUACUUCUGUAUUAUUUUAGUAGAAAAUAAUAACUAAAAAAAGUUAAACCAAUGUAAUAUCUUUUAUGUUUGUAUUACCCUCAUAUCAAGAAGGUUCACAUUUUUUA